AUGGACAUCCACCUCCCACUCGUCACCCUCCUCCUCACAACCCUAACAACAACCCACCCCAUCAACCCACGCGCAGGCGGCCCAAUCGGCAAACCGAUCCCCCAAAACUGCACGCAAACCAACCCCCUCCCCCACCCCAAGAACAACAACCACCCCAACGGCCCCAUCUCCGGCUACAAACCCUCCGCCGACUUCACCUCCACCAACCUCCUCCACGCCUCCUACUUCCCCACCAGCCUCCAGCUCCCCCUCGCAACUCGCCCAACAAUGCUUCGAGCAGUGCUACGGGUACGGCGAGGGAAACGAGUGUCUGAGCGCGUUGAGCGGGCGGGAGAUUCCUGUGCCCGAGGGGUUUUAUAG